AUGAAUCCCGAGUCCAGCCAUCAAGAAGCAGACGCGAAUGCCUCUCCCGAAUUUUCGCUGACAAUAGAGACCCACUCACAGCCUGCUGACGUGGCGAUUGAAAAGGCGGGUGUCGUGGAAGCUGACGUGGCAGCUAGCUUGGAAUCCGACGCGGACGGCGAGGUUGUAAGCAAGGAAGCGGCGAUCGGCGGCACGCUGGCGGCUGGAGCACUGAUAGUAAGCGUCGUCGCGUCACUGGCGCUUCUGGGAUAUUACUUUCGGGACGACAUCUCCAGCGCGAUUGACUACUUUACAACGUACAUUGAAGGAGCGGGAUCCGGGGGAUACGUGACGUUCGUUCUAGGGUACUCGCUUCUGGAGGUGCUCGCGGUGCCGGCUAUUCCGCUGACGCUGUCCGCCGGUGUGCUGUUCGGCCCGGCCAUGGGCACGUUUCUCUGCAGCCUCUCCGGCACGAUCUCCGCCACAAUUGCGUUCCUGAUUGCGCGGUACGUGGCGCGCGAUCGUAUUCAAGAUAUGGUGCGAGGCAACAAGAAGUACGAGGCGAUCGACCGCGCAGUGGGGAACAACUCGUUCCGCAUCGUCACUCUGCUGCGCCUCAGCCCCCUCAUGCCGUUCUCCCUUGGGAACUACUUUUACGGUCUCACUUCCGUGAAGCUUCUCCCAUACAUCCUUGGCACGUGGAUUGGCAUGCUGCCAGGCACAUGGGCGUAUGUCAGCGCCGGAUCCUUUGGCCGCUCCCUGUUGGAGGCGGAGAGUGGGACCUCACUGCUGGGGGACUCAUCUCUCUAUUCGCUGCUGGGUGGUGUGGCCCUCACAGCCUUCGCUGCCACUUAUAUCACCAAAGUCGUGCAGGAUGCUGUGAAGGAAGCGGAGUAG